AUUAGCUAAAAUUAGCUAGAGCUAAACGGUUUAGCAUCGAUCCAAUUGGAGCAGAUAUGGCUACCCCGUUUGAGAAUAGCAUUGACGAUGUCAGCAGUAUAGCAGUUCAACAGCGAACAGAUUAUUCAAAUGAUUAUUCAGAGCAAUGGCCACCGGUGUGUAGUAUAUUUGUGCGAAAUAUGCGUCGAAUGCACAACGAUCGCAAGAAAAUACUGAUGAAUCGAUUGCCAGUUUUGAAAUGGGUUCCAUCGUAUCGUCCAAGUUAUCUAUUUUAUGAUUUCAUUGCCGGUCUAACAGUCGGUCUAACAGCAAUACCGCAAGGUAUUGCAUAUGCAAUUGUUGCCGGUCUUCCGCCACAAUAUGGCCUCUAUUCAGGAUUUAUUGGAUCAUUUGUUUAUUUAAUUUUUGGUAGCUGUAAGGAUGUAACAAUAGGACCGACUGCAAUUUUAUCACUAUUGAUUCAACGUUACGUGGCUGAAAAUAUUGAUUUUGCAAUAUUUCUAACACUUGUGAAUGGUGCACUGAUUUUUAUUUUUGGCAUGUUAAAUUUGGGAUUUUUAGUUCAAUUCAUAUCGGUGCCGGUAACAGUCGGUUUUACGACUGCGGCCGCAAUGACAAUUGGAAGUAGUCAAGUAAAAUCGUUGUUGGGAAUAAAGGGUUCAGCAAAUGGUUUUAUCGAAUCUUGGAUGAGCGUUGUUACACACAUUCAAGACACCAAACUAUGGGACACUUUGCUUGGCGCAACAACCAUUAUUGUUUUACUAUUGCUAAAGGUAAUGAUAAUCACGAUUUUAUUGUGCUGCAUUUUGUUGAUUAUGAUAAAUCAUGAGAAUAAAGUGUAUUUUCUUCGGUUUCAGAAUUUGAAGUACAAAAAAAAUUUACGCGAUGUUGAACCUCAAUCAAUUUGGAAAAAUGAAUGUAAAAAGUAUUUAUCAUUGGGACGCAAUGCGAUUGUUGUCAUUUUUGGCACAAUUUUGGCAUACGUCUUGAACAUAUAUGGAAAACAACCAUUCACAUUGACAGGUCGAGUGGCUUCUGGAUUACCCGAUAUCAAAGUACCUCCAAUGCAAACAACUAUUGGAAACGAGACACUCUACACAAUUGACAUGAUCACUCAUGUCGGUUCAUCAAUAAUUGCAUUGCCAUUGAUUUCGAUUCUCGAGAGUAUCGCUGUGGCCAAAGCGUUUUCCAAAGGUAAAACGAUCGAUGCUACACAAGAAAUGUUGGCACUUGGACUGUGCAAUUUGAUUGGUGCAUUUUUCCAAUCAAUGCCGGUGACGGGUUCGUUUACUCGAACCGCUGUCAAUAAUGCAAGUGGUGUACGCACCACACUCGGUGGAAUUUUUACUGGAUGCCUUGUUUUAUUAUCGCUCGGUUUCUUAACCGAUUCAUUCCGUUUCAUACCAAAAACGACUCUGGCCGGUGUCAUCAUCUGUGCGAUGAUGUUUAUGGUGGACAAAGAAGAUAUCAAAGAAAUUUGGCGAUCGAAACGUAUCGAUAUUAUACCGUUCAUCUGUACCUUAAUUGCAUGCCUGAUGAUUUCCAUCGAAUUCGGAAUUAUAAUUGGAAUUGCUAUCAAUAUUUCGUUUGUAUUAUAUACAAUUGCAAGACCUGUUAUUCAUGUCUAUAAUCGUAAGAUCAUGGAACAAGAACUAUUAAUCCUGAUGCCAGACCAGAGUUUGACAUUCUCUUCAUCGGACCAUUUCAAGUACAAAAUAUUAAAAUAUGUUGUUCAAAAUACACCAAAAAUCGUAAUCAUUGACGGUCGUUUUAUUCACAAUAUCGAUGCAACAGUGGCCAAGUCGUUGUGCACCGUUGUCGAAGACAUGCAUUUGCUACACCGAAAAGUUUAUUUCUGGCAUUGGAACAAAGAGCCAAUGGGUGUGUUAUGUCGAUUGAAUUCGAAGAUGUUUGCACUCUUCAAAGAUGCACAAACCGAAGAUGAAUUACUAAAAUCGGUCAGUUUGGAAAAUGGCAAAGAAGGGACGGCCAUUCGAAUUUCAGCCGACACAUGAUUCGAUAAAAUUACACAUUCCUUAUUGAGCGAGAGAGAUAGAUAGAGAGAGAAAAAAAUAUGAGUAACUGUUUGUAAAAUUAGAGAAGGAAAAAGUCUGAUGUGUUUGUGCUGCUUUGAAAAUAUAUGAGAUGCCAAAUGAAAUAUUGAUCAAAUUGCUUGCACACACACAAUUGUUAAGAAGAAAAGCCUUCCGUUGUAUAGAUUUAAUAAUGUCAACAUUUGACAAUUGUCAAAUAUACUUACAAGAUAAAUGCUUUUGUUUUCUAUGAAGACCUUGACUUUGUGUAUAUCAGGUCACGAUAGGCUAUAUCUUUGCCAAAGCUAAUCUUUGCACUUUCACAAAAUACAACAGUCAAUUGCAUUUGCAAUGCAUUUAGUUAAAUAAAAGACAAACGCUCAACUUCGUUGAUGUCACACACACACACACAUAUAUACCUUUUUUUCUCGGCUUAAGUUUGUUUUGCAAGAAAAUUGUGUAUUCAUAUGUUAUAAGUAAACGAAACAAUUUAAAUUUCUUUCAACAGAUGCCAAACAGAUUAAGCAAAUUGUUAAUAUUGUUGUUAUUUUUGUUUAUGCACAUCGAUCGCAAAGAAAAAGUAUUUAUUAUAAGACGUAAUUAUCGUCAAAAAAUUAUAUUCAAUUAUACAUAUUGUCGUUUUAUCGUAUAAAAUAGAAUAAAAUCAA